AUGGCAAUCUCGGACUUGUGGGAGAAGAUGCUGGGCAUCGGUUCGGGCUGGUUCGUGCUGGUCGUCCUUGCCUGCGCAGUUUGCGGCCUCCGAGCCCGAAGGCCAGAGACUGCCCGAAGCAAACCAUCUUCGUCUGGAGAAGGAGAAAGCACGGAAAACACCAGCAGCCAGAACACCUCUCCUUUCGAUUGGUGGAGCGUUGGUCCGCGGAUUACUUUGGCAUCCUUGAAAGUCUUCGUCACAGCGCUGCUUCUGGUGGAGCUCCUCGGCUUGGCCGCGCCAGAGGAGGACGUCCUCACCCUGCCUGAGAUCAUCCGCCGAGUCCGUGCUCACCCCUACGGAAAGAAUCCCGAACUGGGCUUUCUUUCGGGCUUCACCGUGGCCGAUGCACAGCUAUUGCCCCACCUCACGUACCUUUUCAUGCCCAACCUCAACGACAGCACAGCUGACAGCUACGCCGCAGUGUUCUCCGUCCUGCGAGCAUCGCUGCUGGCGUCCUGGUGCACUUUCCUUGCGCUUCCAAGCUCUUGGGCAUCUUCUUGGGCCUGCUUUCUCUGGGGAGCCGCGGUCUACGUGGUCAUGGCGAGCUUGAUCAUCAUGUACAUCCCUUGCUACGACAGCCACGCCACCUGCUUCUUCCUUGUGGCGGCCUGCAUGGUGCCAUCUUUGGAGACCAGCCAGCGGUCUCAAGCAUGGCUGGGGAAGUUUCUUCUGGUCAGCCUGCUUGCUCCGUUCUACCUGUCUGCAGGGGUGUCGAAGCUCCGUUAUGGAGGCUGGGCCUCCAUGCUCUCUGGGAGCUGGUUGAAGCCGAUUCUGGCUGCGACGGUGGACAGGUCUAUCUUUCCAGGUUUGAACACGUGGCUCUCGCAGUCUACCUGGGCGCCAGCCAUGAUGUCCUUCGGAGUGUUGUCAGCAGAGUUCUGGCUCCCUGUUUUGGUGCUUUACACGGCGAGUUCCAGCACGAACUUCAGCCGCUGGCUACGAACCUGUUGGAUCUUGCUAGUGGCAUUAUUUCAUGUCGUGUGUUGGGCACUCGUUGGUCCAAACUUUGUACGCCAAAUCGCUUUGCUGAUGCUGUCUUCCUAUUCUGUCUGGCAUCCGACCGACAGCACCGACAAAGAUGUCAUCGAAGGGAGCCGCACGAGAGCUUGGUUAUGCCGCGUUGGCUAUGCCGUUGUGCUGCUGAUGCUGUGGCUCUGCAAUCAGUUUUGGUCAGAUAUUGACCAUAUCCGCGGUGCGACAGCGCAGGAGUCCUACCACGACAUGCUUUGGCCUGUGGGAGAGCUCUCCAUGUACGUCGUUCCUUCGGCCUCCUCCAACUACGUUCGCUCGCUUUUCCUUGAGAUUGUGAUUGCCUCCUUGAUCUGCCUGAGGAUACAUUUUGAUGUCUCACAGCCCACUCUAGACAAGGGCGCGACGUAG